CUCACAUAAUACCGAACUCAUUCUCUCUCUCUUUCCUCCCACUUUCCAAAAAAGAGAGAGAGAGAAGAAAUGGAGACUACCGUCAUCAAACCACAGUCUCCACUGUACGCGGUGGUGACGGGAGCCAACAAGGGCAUCGGCCUCACCGUCCGCCACCUCGCGCAGCGCGGCGUCUCCGUCGUCCUCGCCGCACGCGACCCCGCCCUCGGCGUCGCGGCCGCCGAGUCUCUACGCCGAGACUUCGGCCUCGAAAACGUCGUCUCCCACCAGCUCGACGUCCGAGACCCCUCCAGCGUCGAAACCCUGGCCCGGUUCGUCGAGGGUCGAUUCGGGAAGCUCGAUAUCUUGGUCAACAACGCUGGAGCCUCCGGGCUUGUUGUCGAUGAGGAGAAGCUCAGGGAUCUCAACAUUGAUCCCCAAGUUUGGUUAUCAGGACAGGCGGUGGAUAUAAUUCAAGAAUGUGUUAAGCAGACCUAUGAUGGUGGAGUUACGUGCAUCGACACCAACUAUUACGGUUGCAAGAGAGUGAUUGAAGCUCUUCUUCCUCUGCUUAAGCUUUCAAGCUCAGGAGCCAGGAUCGUCAAUGUAUCAUCUCUCAGAUCAGAGCUCAAGAGGAUUCCCGGUGAAAAGAUCAGAAAUGAACUAAACGACAUUGAAAACCUAAACGAAGACAGAAUCGAAAACCUACUCAAAAGAUUUCUCGAAGACCUGAAGGAAGGGAAGCUCGAAUCUGGCGGGUGGUCGAUGAUGCUGCCGUCAUAUAGUAUAUCCAAGCAAGUACUCAAUGCAUACACAAGGGUUUUGGCAAAGAGGUACCCAAAAAUGUACAUAAACUGUGUACAUCCAGGUUUUGUGAAGACUGAUAUAAACUGGAAUACUGGAGUUAUAACCCCUGAAGAGGGAGCUCAAGGUCCUGUAAUGCUGGCUCUUUUGCCUGAUGGAGGCCCUUCAGGGUGCUAUUUUGAUCAGACUAAUAAGGCAGAGUUUUAAUAGGGGUUGGAAGAACAUUUAGUUUGAUGGAUUCUUUGCAUGUUUGGUACUUUGGUUACAAAUGUUAUGCCAAGUUAAUUGGUGUAAAAUAAAUCUGACAAUUAAGAGGUUUUGGCAACUUAUUUCCUUUUA